AUGCAGCCGGAACCCACAGCUGCACGGUUUUCCGGGCCACAGAAAGACGCCGCACUGCCCAACGCGCCCACCAUGCCACCUCCAGAGUCCACCUCCGAAGGCCGCCAGUCCAGCCCUGGCCCCACGGAGCGAACCACAGCAGAGGAAUUCCAGUUCCUGUGUUGCCAGAACUGCAAGACUGAAGCCAAGUGUCCCAAGCUGCUCCCUUGUCUGCACAACCUGUGCUCAGGAUGCUUAGAGAAAUUGGGUAUGCAAUGCCCCAUCUGCCAGGAAUCCUGGUCCCCGGAUACCAAUGCACAGGUGCUGGAUAACGUUUUCUUCGAGAGUCUGCAGCGGCGCCUGUCGAUGUACCGGCAGAUCGUGAGUGCCCAUGCGACUUGCACUCGUUGCAAAGAGUCCGCGGACUACUGGUGCUUCGAGUGUGAGCAGCUCAUCUGCAAGAAAUGUUUUGAUCCACACCAGUGGUUUGUUAAACAUGAAGCCCGACCUCUGGCGGAUUUCCGCAGUCAAUCGGUGCACGAGUUCCUGGAGCGCACGCGCAAAUCCAACAACAUCUUUUGCUCCAAUACCAGACACCACACCCCAGAGCUGACUAGCAUCUACUGUCGAGCCUGUUCCAAGCCCCUGUGCUGCUCAUGCGCACUUCUGGACAAAGGUCACAGCGAGGACAAGAGCGACAUCAAUAUGGAGAUCGAGCAGCGGCAGGAGGAGCUGGACACCAUGACGCAGGCGCUGCAGCAGCAGGACGGGGCCUUUGGUGCAGCUCGCGAGCAGAUUCAGUCCUCCAUCCGCCAGCUGGCCAGCGCGCGCGAGAGCACCGAGAAGCUGAUCCACACACGCGUAAGCGAAGUGGUAGAGCACGUGCAGGCGCUGGAGCGCGAGCUGCUGCAGAGCGUGCAAGAGCAAUACGAGCACGAAGUCCGGGAGCUGGCCAGCCACCAGGGCCGCCUGGACACGGUGCUGCAGCGCAUCCACACAGGCGGCGAGCUUGUGCACAAGAUGAAGCUCUAUGCCUCUGACCAGGAGGUGCUGGACAUGCACAGCUUUCUGCGGGAGGCACUCUGCCACCUGCAGCAGGAGAAGCCCCAGAAUCUGCAAGCCCCCGUGCGCACGGAGGGCUUCGAGGAAUUGAAGCACCAGUUCAAGGAGCGUCUGAAACACCUCAUAUCAUGCAUCGCCCAACAGGCAGAUGCAGCUCAAUACAGGAGAGCCAGUCCAGAAGCUGUCAGCACUCCCAGUGAGCCUUUAGACACUGAUCAGCCAGAGAAGGUUCAGAAGAUUCCAGAGCAGGACCUGGAGGUGGCUGAGGCCCAGUCAGCAUCCGUGGUCCAUCAAGAGCCGGGUGCGCAUCCGGUGCCUUUGUUUGCAUUCUCCAUCAAAGACCCCACCUACAGACAGGAGGUCUCUGUCCCACCCACACCUCAGAAGAGGAAGGCCUGUCAGACCAGCUGCCCCCAUAAAAUCAUCAAGAUGGAGUCAGAGGAGGAAAAGGAGGCCAGGCUGGUCCUCAGCUCUCCCAAACAGCCCAGGCCCAGCACUUCAAAGGCAGUCUCACCACCUCACCUGAAUGGACCCCCCAGCCCCGAGAGCCCGAUCGUUGGAAAUGAGGUCAUCCUGUCCAGUGACAAUCACAUGACCAGCGAACCCGGGGAGGCAGAAGAGCGCAUCGUGGUGAUCAGCAGCUCGGAAGACUCCGAUGCGGAAAACUCGGUGAGUGGCCCAGCACUCUGGGCCAGAACUCCCGUCUCUCCCAACUCCAGGUCCUAG